AAUAAGAGAAGUGAAACCACAAAAAGCCGAAAAAGAGGGCUCAGUUUUUUACAAUUUUUUUCCCCAUAUUCCUCUGAAAUAAGCAAAAACACAAAACCAAAAACCAUCACCGACAAAAAUUAACCCCACGCUUUGUCUACAACAAAACAAGAGUAUGAUCUCUCAAGAAACACCUUUUUAAUUUGAAACCCAAAUCCUCUUUCUAUAUAUUAUCUUUCUUCACCAGCAAAUUUUUACACACACAGAGAACCCAGAAAAAUCUUGAAUUUAGUUCUUGCCAAAAAAAAAAAAAUCUAUUAAAGCAAGAACCUUUUUUGUUUGAGGCAAAUUCUUGUUGUAUUUUUUGUAGGUAUUGGAUGAAUUGAAUAACCCAGAAAGGAAUUCCUUGUUCUUUGUCUUGUUGGUGAGUUCUUGCCAAAUUUGUGCUUUUUUGGGUACUUGUGCUCUGUUUUUUUGCCUUUGCUGAACUGGUGAUUCUUGAACUUAUUUUAAGAACUUUUUUUGGGAAUUCUUGUUUUGCUUUUUGUGGGUAUUUGAUGAAUUGAUAAACCCAGAAAGGAAUUCCUGUUUCUUUGUCUUGUUUGUGAAUUCUUGCCAAAUUUAUGCUUUUUGGGAACUUGUGCUCUGUUUUUUACUCAUUCUUGCCAAGUUUGUCCUUUUUUUAUGUUUCUUGGAAUUUAAAUGUCAUUGCAUUAGUGCCACCAAGUUUGGGUUUUGAUUUCAAGAGUCCUUUUUUUUAGGCCAUUCUUGUUUUUGGGGUGUAGAUUUUUUGUGUGACAAUGUUACAAGAUGAUGUUUCAUCAUCAGUGACUUCAUCAUCACCACUUCAAAAUUUCCCAAUGAUGUCACUUUCACCUAAUUUUGGUGGUUCACCAUACCAAUGGCUCAAAGAUUUGAAAUCUGAGGAUAGAGGUUUAUAUCUAAUUCACCUUUUGCUCACUUGUGCUAAUCAUGUAGCUGCUGGAAAUCUUGAAAAUGCUAACAUAGCACUUGACCAAAUUUCCCAUCUUGCAUCUCCUAAUGGAGAUACAAUGCAGCGAAUCGCCUCGUAUUUCGCUGAGUCACUUGCUGAUAGGAUUUUAAGAUCUUGGAAUGGUAUUUAUAAGGCGUUGCAUUCGACUAAGUUGAGGGUGGUAUCUGAGGAUAUUCUUGUGAAGAAGAUGUUUUUCGAGUACUUUCCGUUCUUGAAAGUAGCUUCUGUGAUCGCGAAUCAAGCGAUCAUAGAAGCUAUGGAAGGAGAAAAAAUGGUUCAUAUAGUAGAUCUUAAUGCUUCCGAGCCCUUGCAGUGGCGUGCGCUGCUUCAGGAUUUGAGCGCACGCCUUGAAGGACCCCCUCAUUUGAGAAUUACGGGGGUCCAUCAGCAAAAGCAAGUGUUGGAACAAGUAGCACAUGUUCUAACAGAAGAAGCUGAAAAGCUUGAUAUCCCUUUUCAGUUUCAUCAGGUAGUUAGCAAAUUGGAAAAUCUUGAUAUCGAAAAACUACGAGUUAAAACCGGAGAAGCUUUGGCUAUUAGUUCAUUUAUGCAAUUGCAUACUCUUCUUGCACAUGAUGAUGAACUCCAAAAGAAAUCCCCUUUGGUUUUCAAGAAUUUGAAUGGCCUUCACUUGCAAAGGGCAAUACUAAACCAAAAUACUUUAGGGGAUUUGCUCGAAAAAGAUACAACUAAUGUUUUUAGUCCAGGCAAUGAAUCAGCAUCCUCAUCUCCGCUAUCUUCAACUGCAUCAGCGAAGAUGGAUGGAUUCCUCCACACAUUGUGGGGGUUGUCUCCAAAGGUCAUGGUGGUUACAGAACAAGACUCGAACCAUAACGGGACAACCCUUAUGGAAAGGCUAUCCGAAUCAUUGUAUUUUUAUGCUGCAUUGUUCGAUUGUCUUGAAUUCACACUACAGAGAACAUCAUUAGAGAGGUUAAAGGUUGAGAAAAUGCUGUUUGGCGAGGAGAUUAAGAACAUUGUAGCGUGUGAGGGAGGCGAAAGGAAGGAGAGACAUGAAAAACUAGAUAAAUGGUAUCAAAGAUUCGAUGGAGCUGGUUUCGUGAACGUGCCUUUGAGUUAUUACGCCAUGUUGCAAGCAAGGAGGUUGCUACAGAGUUACAGUUGUGAAGGAUACAAGAUUAAAGAAGAGAAUGGUAGCGUCGUGAUCUGCUGGCAUGAUCGCGCGCUUUUCUCAGUUUCAGCUUGGAGAUGUAGGAGAUGAAACUUUAGACCAGUUUACAAUUAACAAAGGGAUUUUUGUUCCCUAAUUCCCUUAUCCUUUUGUAAUGCACUUUGUAGGAAAGUACUUUUUGGUGAAGUGAAAACUCAACUCCCAUGGAUAUUGUAAUCUUUUCUAAUUGCCCUUUCUUGAGGAUGUAAGGUGACUUUUUACAUUUUGUUGUAUAAAGUUCAUAAUUUUGUGCAUGAUUUUAUUCAAUAAGGUAACCUAAGUACACAUA